GUGACACAUGACAGAAGCUCGAAACAAAUGACUGAAUGAAAAGCCCUAUUUCCAGUGAUGUGGGUAAGGGUAAUUUCAGAUCAGAUUUCAGUUCAAAGUAUUGUAAUAUUUAAGUUGAAUUCGACCAAACCCAGGACCCAGAAGGAGUAUUUUUUUUAUUUGGUUGAUUUCGUUCAUUUCUUAUUUUCGUUGGUGUGGUGAUAUGGUUUGAUUUGAAGUGAUGGCAAAAGAUAUCCUCUAAAGUUAUUUGUUUUGUUUAAAGACAAAACUAAGAUUUGCAAAUCAAAUUGAAUAAUAAUAGAAAUGAAACAAGAAGCUACAUAGUGAAGAAACUUGUAAUAAAAUGGAAACGGAUAUUAAGAUUGAGGCCUGUGACAGUCUUUUGGAUGUUUUCAAAAUCGAAAUCAAAGAAGAACCUAAAACAGAAAGUGCUCAGGAGGCAUUUAAUUAUUUAGACUCAAAUGUAAACACUGAAGUACCACAAGAUGAAUAUAAAUUUAAGCUAUUUGAAAAAGAACAAAUAAAAAAUAAAGAAGGUUAUCCCCAAGAGGAAACCAAAAUGGAGAUUAUGGAGACACUAGUUGAACAUUCAUCUUCCGAAGGAAAUUACAUGAGUCAACACGCUGAAGGAAACACAUUAAAGAAAAAUAUCAAAGUCGUCCAGUUACUCAUUGUGAAUGGACAAACACCUUUAAAGUGUGAAACUUGUUUAAAACAGUUUAUUAACACAAGGGAAUUGUUAAAUCAUUUGAGAAUUCACACUGGAGACAAGUUCUUCAAGUGUGAAUUUUGCUUAAAGGAGUUUACUAUAGCAAGACUUUUAAAAGAACAUUUGGUAACACACAGUGAAAACAAUCCUUACAAUUACAAGUGUGAAAUUUGUUUUAAGCAGUGUUCUCAGAAAGGUGAUUUGAAAAUCCAUUUAAGAAGACACACUGGUGAAAAACCGUACAAGUGCGAAACUUGUUCAAAACAGUUCAUUAACACAUGUGAAUUGAAGAGCCAUUUGAGAAUGCACACUGGGGAAAAGCCUUACCAGUGUGAAGUUUGUUUUAAGAAUUUUAGAAUAAGGGGUGGUUUGAAAACACAUUUGAGAGUUCAUACGGGAGAAAAACCGCACAAGUGUGAAAUUUGUUUUAAACAGUUUUAUCAAACAAGUCAUUUGAAAAGACAUUUGAGAGUGCACACAGGAGAAAAACCUUACAAGUGUGAAACUUGUUUAAAGCCAUGUAGUACUACAACUCAUUUGAACUGGCAUUUAAAAACGCACACCAGCGAAAAACCUUACAAGUGUGAAAUUUGUUUUAAACAGUUUAGAGAAGCAGCUGUAUUGAAAGGACAUUUGAGAAUGCACACUAGAGAAAAACCUAAGUGUGAGAUUUGUUUUAAGCAGUUUAGCAGUGCAGCUACAUUGGAAAGACAUGUGAAUAAAAUUCACACUGGAGAAAAACGUUACGAGUGUGAGAUUUGUUUUAAGAAAUUUCGUACUAAAGGUAAGGUGAAAAGACAUUUGACAGUACACACUAGCGAAAAACCUUACAAGUGUAAAAUUUGUUUUAAACAGUUUAAGGCAGCAGCUACAUUGAAAACACAUUUGAGAAUUCACAGUGGAUAAAAACUUCACAAGUAUGAAAUUUGUUUUAAGCAGAGAGAAAUGAGAAGUCCCAGAUCUAAACAAUAAAUCUGAAACUUCUCGUGGAAUCACUUUCUGGUAACAUCCUUAAUCUUUGCCUUUUACAAUUUAUAAGGAAAGGAGAUGAAGACUAAGGGAGACGAAAGGAACUCUACAAUAUGCAGUCACAUUCAGUCUAUUCGUCUAGGAAAAAUUCCAACAAAAGUUGAUUCUGUGUACUCAACGGGGGCGGCCCGUCGGGGUAGGCAAGGUAAGCGCCGCCUACCCUCUUCAAAUGUAGUACAAUAAUAUAAAUUAUUAAUAUAAAUUACUUAUUUCAAAAUUGUAAUUUAUAAAUUUUGACACAAUACCUACAAUAAAAUAGCAAAAAUUA